AUGGCUCAACGUCCUAUGUCAUCAUUGCCUGGUCCUUUCGAUUUGAUGAUGCCAAAAACUCUUGAUGUAAAUACGAUAACUGAAGCAUUAAAUCGAAUGUUUCCCUCACUUCAGCUUAUCCCUGCUGAUAUUCAGAAACCAACGGCUGAAUUAGUGCAUACUAUAUAUCAGUAUAUCACCCAGUACAUCAUGGAUAUUCCGGAUGCUCUAUAUACAACACCACCAUUUACAUUUAACAAUGAUAAGGAUAUGGAUUUAUACACUCAGGCAUAUCCGAAAUUAGUCAUCUUUAAAGCUCUGUCUGCUAUUGUGGAAGAUAUUUCAUCAAAUGAAAUCCAGUUCAGCUAUCUCGAUUUGAUCGCUCCAGAACCAGGACCAACACGGAUUCUUCUUUCAACCCUAAUCAAUUUCAUUGAAUUCACAACAAAUGCUGUUGCGAAAGCGCAUGAUAUAUUCAGCAGUGUUGAUAGUCGUAAAAGUGAGCUAGAAUCCAAAGGACGUGAUGUUAUUGAUCUUAGGAAUGAAGUACAACGUUUGCGUAACGAUGCAACUAACCGAAAACAUUUGGAAAAUGAGUUCCGUGAAAAAAUGGAAAUCCUAGAGCGUAAUAUAAAAGAUACAUAUGUUCAAACAGAAGCAAUCCAGAUGGAGCUAAAAGCAGUUUGCGAAGUUAAUAUCGAGACGGAAAAGAAACUGGAGGAAGCCCAAAGUGAAAUUAAACGCCUAACAUUUCAAAUUGAUGUUAUUGAUCGUGAUAUUGUCAAUUCACCUGACCGUUUGAACGCUGAUUUAAAUGAAUUAACGAAGUAUUUUGAAAAUAUUCAGAAGGAAAUUUCUACAGAAAGUCGUAAGAAAUGGGAAUACAAGGAAAAGCAAAAGGUUACAACGAUGAUUGCUCGAUCUAUAGAACAUUUUAUGGAGAUUUUGAAUAAAUUGCGUGAGCGUCAGAAAGAAGGUGCAGUAAUCGAAGAAGCUGUAGCCGUUGCGGAGGAGCAGCGUAAUGAAGCGGAAGAAGGUUACACGAAUAUAGAAGAGAAAUUGACGAAAGAGGUAAAUAAAUUGCAUACGAUGGAAAAAGAAUUCGAAAAGGAAGAAUCACUUCACGAGAAAUCACUAAAAGAUAAUAACGAACAUUUGGCGACAUUAAAUGCACAAGUGAAGGAUCUUCGUCGGCGGAUGCAAGAUUUUGAUAAAGAGAAUGUGGAAGUGCAACGAGAAAUCGGGAAAGUAAAGAAUGAAAUUGCAGCAUUGAAUCGAACAACAAAUGGAGAAAUUCGAAAUUUGGCUAUGCGUCUUAGCGAAAUCCUUAAUAAAUAUGAGGAAACUGUGAAGCUGUAUGAAGAAGAUUACAAAAGAAUGGAUAAUUUAAGCAGUAACCUGAUCACCAUGCUAAAUGGGUCCGAUGGUGACACCACCUUCGAUACAUCGCUAUCAAGCAGUAUGUUGAGUGAACGAAAUAUAAGUUAGAGACGACAAAAAUCAAGGAAAGGAAACCAGAAUAAUAUCCUUAACUCAAUUUAUCAAAUAUUUAGAAUUUUCCUCUUAAGAAUUAGCCCUAUGAUUUGUGUUAAAAUAAUUGCAGUAAACCCAGG